AGUCUGCGCCGCAGCUCGCCGGCUCGGAGCUCGCCGUUUAUUGAAGUCGUUUUAUUGAAGCCAGUGGUGCACGCAGGGCAAACCCUGCAGAGAGAAAUUUUUUAAAAGUGCAACGUAAAAAUGGCUUCAAAGAGAGCCCUGGUCAUCCUGGCCAAAGGAGCUGAGGAGAUGGAGACGGUCAUCCCCGUGGACGUCAUGCGCCGCGCUGGGAUUAAGGUCACUGUGGCAGGUCUGGCUGGGAAAGACCCGGUACAGUGUAGCCGUGAUGUUGUCAUUUGCCCUGACACAAGUCUGGAAGAGGCGAAAAAGGAGGGCCCCUAUGACGUGGUGGUUCUCCCUGGAGGCAACCUGGGUGCACAGAAUUUGUCGGAGUCGCCAGCCGUGAAGGAGAUCCUGAAGGAGCAGGAGGGCAGAAAGGGUCUCAUCGCCGCCAUCUGCGCAGGUCCUACAGCUCUGUUGGCUCAUGAGAUAGGCUUUGGAAGCAAAGUUACAACACACCCGCUUGCUAAAGACAAAAUGAUGAAUGGAAAUCAUUACAGUUACUCUGAGAGUCGUGUGGAGAGGGACGGCCAGGUACUCACCAGCCGCGGACCAGGUACCAGCUUCGAGUUCGCGCUGGCCAUUGUGGAGGCACUCAGUGGCAAGGAGGUGGCGCAGCAGGUGAAGGCGCCCCUUGUGCUCCGGGACUAGCGCCAUGCUGGGAGCAAGGUGGAUGAGGCUGAUGGUCUACCAGGGUCUGAGCCCCACACGCAGCUCCCCAGCCACCAGCAGAGCCCUGCACCUGCCGCGGGGCUGCUGCUGUAAAGCGACUGCGCUGGGCCUUCCCAGCCCGCAGCUGUGUCCCUGCAUUUCCGAAUAAACCAGGGCAGCUCAAGGCUGCCUACGGCUGCUA